AUGGUUAAUUUGGAUGAGGAAGAGGAGGAGAAGAAGGAGGAGAAGAGCAACAAGAAGAGCAAAAAGGAGGAACCCUCCAGCUUGGAGGAAGAGUCUAGCUCUUCUGAAGAGGAGUUGAGCAUGAGGAUGAAGAAGAGGAGAAGCCCAAACAAAAGAAGGAGGAGCCCAAGAAGGGAGUCUUCUGAGGAGGAAUCCAGCUCAUCUGAGGAAGAGGAGUGCAGUUUAUUGGAGGAGGAGUCCAGCGAAUUUGACCAAGGUGGUUGUCACUUGCAAGGUCAUGACAUGGGCAACACCACAACCUAG